GCGAAUAAGCGAUGAGAGAAAACUCAAAGAGAAACAAGUUUAGAGAGAAAGAAAGAGAAAGGUAGAAGAUGAAGUUCCAGGAGGGUGUGUUCUUGGUGGUUAUUUUCUUCCUUGCAUAUACUCAGCUUGUGAAGGGGCAACAUCAACCUCGCGAAGAUUGUAAACUUAAAUGUGGAAACGUCACAAUAGAGUACCCUUUUGGUAUUUCUACAGGUUGUUACUAUCCCGGAGAUGAUAAUUUCAAUCUCACCUGUGUCGUGGAAGAGAAGCUACUACUCUUUGGCAUCAUUCAAGUGACCAAUAUUUCUCACAGUGGCCAUGUAAGUGUACUGUUUGAACGAUUCUCUGAAUGCUACGAGCAGAAAAAUGAGACUAAUGGAACUGCCCUCGGGUAUCAGCUGGGUAGUAGUUUCUCUCUCUCCUCCAACAACAAGUUUACUUUAGUAGGAUGUAACGCUUUAUCACUUUUGAGCACUUUUGGAAAGCAAAACUACUCAACUGGAUGCUUGUCAUUAUGCAAUUCUCAACCAGAGGCAAAUGGAAGAUGUAAUGGUGUAGGUUGCUGCACAACAGAGGACUUCUCUGUCCCGUUCGAUAGCGAUACAUUCCAAUUUGGCUCAGUUCGCUUGAGAAACCAAGUUAAUAAUUCCUUAGAUCUAUUUAAUACUUCGGUAUAUCAGUUUAAUCCUUGCACCUACGCUUUUCUCGUUGAAGAUGGUAAGUUUAACUUCGAUUCUUCAAAAGAUCUUAAGAAUCUGAGGAAUGUCACGAGGUUCCCUGUGGCACUAGAUUGGUCUAUUGGAAACCAGACAUGUGAGCAAGCUGGAAGCACAAGAAUAUGCGGUAAGAACAGCUCAUGUUACAAUUCUACUACUAGAAACGGGUAUAUCUGCAAAUGUAAUGAAGGUUAUGAUGGGAAUCCAUACCGUUCAGAGGGUUGCAAAGACAUCGAUGAGUGUAUUAGUGAUACACAUAACUGUUCGGAUCCAAAAACCUGUAGAAACAGGGAUGGAGGCUUCGAUUGUAAGUGUCCAUCUGGUUACGACUUAAACUCCAGUAUGAGCUGCACGAGGCCCGAAUACAAACGGACUCGAAUUUUUCUUGUAAUCAUAAUCGGCGUCUUGGUCCUCCUGCUUGCUGCGAUCUGUAUACAACAUGCAACGAAGCAAAGGAAGUAUACCAAGCUCCGACGACAAUUCUUUGAGCAAAAUGGUGGUGGCAUGUUGAUACAGCGACUUUCAGGAGCAGGGUUGUCAAACAUUGAUUUCAAAAUCUUUACUGAGGAAGGCAUGAAAGAGGCAACUAAUGGCUAUGAUGAGAGCAGAAUCUUGGGCCAGGGAGGUCAAGGAACAGUCUACAAAGGGAUAUUGCCGGACAACACUAUCGUUGCUAUAAAGAAAGCUCGGCUUGCAGACAGUAGACAAGUAGAUCAGUUCAUCCACGAAGUGCUCGUGCUUUCACAAAUUAACCACAGGAACGUGGUCAAGAUCUUGGGUUGCUGUCUAGAGACUGAAGUCCCCUUGUUGGUCUAUGAAUUCAUUACCAAUGGCACCCUUUUCGAUCACUUGCACGGUUCCAUUUUUGAUUCUUCUCUUACAUGGGAACACCGCCUCAGAAUAGCGAUAGAAGUCGCUGGAACUCUUGCUUAUCUUCACUCCUCUGCUUCUAUUCCAAUCAUCCAUCGCGAUAUCAAAACUGCAAAUAUUCUCUUGGAUGAAAACUUAACUGCAAAAGUAGCCGACUUUGGCGCUUCUAAGCUUAUACCAAUGGAUAAAGAGCAGCUCACAACUAUGGUGCAAGGCACUCUAGGCUAUUUAGACCCAGAAUACUAUACCACAGGGCUUCUGAACGAGAAGAGCGAUGUGUAUAGCUUUGGGGUAGUCCUCAUGGAACUGCUCUCAGGUCAAAAGGCAUUGUGCUUUGAACGGCCACAGGCUUCAAAACAUUUGGUGAGUUACUUUGUUUCUGCCACGGAAGAGAAUAGGUUGCAUGAGAUUAUUGACGACCAAGUGUUGAACGAGGAUAAUCUGAAGGAGAUCCAGGAAGCUGCAAGAAUUGCUGCAGAGUGUACAAGGCUAAUGGGAGAGGAAAGGCCAAGGAUGAAAGAAGUAGCUGCAAAGCUAGAAGCCUUGAGGGUCGAGAAAACCAAACAUAAGUGGUCGGAUCAGUAUCCUGAGGAGAAUGAACACUUGAUUGGUGGUCACAUCUUGUCUGCACAAGGCGAAACCAGUAGCAGCAUUGGCUAUGAUAGCAUCAAAAAUGUAGCAAUAUUGGACAUUGAAACUGGCCGCUGAUAUUGCUCACAAAAUCACAUGUAUCUCUUUUGUUUGUAAAAAAAGAAAACCACUUAUUUGUUGCUUCAUCAAUAUGCUUUGAGAGCUUGUUUGUUCAUCAUCAAUAAUCAUGUUCAUAUUUUCCUUUA